CCUGGCCGCUCGGGCCGGCCCGUGUCGGAGUACCCGCGCAGCGCCUCGCGGGGAAGCUCCAGGGAUGCCCCGGGCGGAACGUGGUGGGAGCGGCCUCGGGCAGCGGCCCCGCUUCGAGACGCGCUGCUGGGGAGCGGCCGCUGUCCCUCCACACUCACCUGUGCUUCCUUCGCUGCACCCGUGGCAGCGGCCUUAGGCGAUCCCCCCAGUGGUUCCCGUGCUGUUUCUUUUCCUCUCCGUUCCCGUGGCACGCAGUAUUCACAGCCCAGGGGUUGUCACCUCUCCGUGUCGCUCAGGUCUCAGAUCAGAAGCCACUGGGCUGUUGGUCAGUUAAACAUGGGCAGAUUAUCACGUGUCCAGUUGUAUGCAACUUUGAGACUCACGAAUAUAUAGCGGUUCACGAUAACAAGGUUUUACGAAUAUGGAAGGAUAAAGAUGUUAACUUGGACAAAGUAUUUAAAGCAACACUUUCAGCUGAGGUGUACAGAAUACAUUCGCUGCCCCAUGCGGAGCCAUUGGUGUUAUUCAGAGGAGGGGCUGUUCGAACUUUAGAUGUUCUUCUGGAAGCUCCACAACAAGAAAUUGAAAACGUCAUCUCAGAUGAAGUCAUCAAGUGGAGUGAAGCAUUACUGGAAGGUCAACAACCUGUCUUAAUUUUCGUUACAGAGAAAGAUGGGGAUUUUUUUGUCUACAUACAGAAACUUAAGAUGAGGAGUCUACAUAAAUACAAGCUUGAACAACAGGAAUUGUCUAAUCCACUUUGUUUCACAGCAUAUAUAAAAAAGCAGAUUAUCACACUUCUGUGUUUAUACUCCAGUGACUCUGUAUAUAAAGUUCUGAUACCUCUACAGCAAAAUAGUGAAGAGGAAGAGCAAACUCUAUCCAAAUCACUACUACUAAACCUUUCAAUAUCUGGAAGUGCUCUAAAAGGAACUUCUUUUGUUAUUCUUGAUAAAGACCACGUUGCAGUACUGGGAAGUCUAGCAGCAUCUGGUGAAGAAUCCAAAGAAUGCCUAACAAUAUGGAAUACAAAAUUUCAAACAUUACAGGCUUCAAAGGAACUGCCCCUGGGAACCAGUGGACAACUGUGGUGUUAUGGGGAAAAAUUUUUCUUCACUCAUGGAAAAGUGCUAACAGUAGUUAUAUACAAGUGUGAAACUUCAUCCUUGGCAGCUGCUGUGGGAAAACUGAAGGACAGUCAAACCUCUGAUCUUUCUUCAUUUGUAAACUGGAAUACUCUUGGAGAUGAAGAGCUCCUGGUUUCCUAUCAGUCACAGCAGUCUGUAGCUCUAAAGUCUGAAUCCAAAAUGACAUUAAGAUCAAAAAAGAGCGCCGUUGAGAACAUGCAGCCAGAUGCCUCCACAAUUGGGCAGUUCUUACUAUGUAUAAAAGAUGCUUCCACAACUGCUGUUGAAGGUGAAUUGAGACAACUGUUGUCAAAAGCACAGAGACCAGAUUUUCAGGCCACCAUUGGAUGUGUAAUAAGUGCUCUAAUGAACAGGUGUAAAACAGAUCCAAUGUUCUACCCUCGAAACUUCCUGGUACAGAUGAUCCAGAAACGAGAGUUAUCUUACAGUUUGUGUCCAGACUUAAUGGCUGUUGCUUUAGAGAAAAAAGAUGUACAUCUCUUACAAAUCUGCUUACAACGGUUUCCAGAUAUUCCUGAAGAAAUUACUUACGCUUGCUUGAAAGUAUUUUUAAGCAUUAGUGAUGAUUAUCUGGAAGGAACAGACGUGGAUCUAGAAUCUGUAAUCUCUUACAUUGAUAUUGAACCAAACAGUAAAGUUAAGACUGAAGUUGUAGAAAAUGGUUUCAGCACUGAACUGGAAGAAGAUGGUUGUGAUGUCAAAGGCAUGAAGGAAACCCAUACGAUGGACAGUGUUGAAUUCUGCCCUGUUGGACCUCAUAAGGCAGCAUUAUUAAAUGCUGUUCUUCAUUCAGCUUACAGUGAAACGUUUCUUUUGCCCCAUCUGAAAGACCUUCCAGCUCAGCAAGCUGUUCUGUUUCUCAGGUAUUUGCACUACCUGUAUGUGAAAUGCAGUGAAAAAAUCAACACAACUCUUCCUGGAGUACUCCCUCCAACUAUAAGUCAGAUUAUGGAUUGGAUGUGCCUAUUACUUGAUGCUCACUUCACAGUUAUGGUGAUGCUACCAGAAGCAAAAAGAUUGCUUUCAAGCAUGCAUAAGUUUGUGAGAGCCCAAGUACGAUUCUACUCUGAACUUAACAAAAUCGAAGGAAGUUUGCAAGAACUGCAAAGAAUUAAAUGCCAGGAAAACUCUCAGGCAUAUUCUAUUGAAGUGCUGGAACUUAUUUGAAUAUGAAAUGAAUUAUUAACAAACUUGUUAUUGAUUCCUUUUAUGACAAGGAUGUAUUAGCACUCCAUAUUGGGGAUGUGAAAAGUUGAGUUUUGUGCACAGGGAGAACGCGGUUACUCAGUAGCUACGUGGGGGGUUGUGUAUUAAAAGCUCUUUUUUGACUGGAUGAUUUUCAUAUAUUUUCAUUGUAAUUUUGUUAUGCAGUCACAAGAAUAUCCUAAAAUUGUAUCUGAUUCUUGGCUGAGAAGUGAUAGGAUAUUUGUAAAAAGGUUUCAAGAAAUGUUUCAUCAAAUCAA